AUGGACUUUUUAAACAAUCUUGAAGGAAUAGUAACUAAAAAUGGGGACAUGGUAACAUUUAUAGCUGAAGACUUGGAAAGCAAACUUAAACAGACCAGCCCAACAAUGCCUACCAGACCUUUAGGAAGAUUUGUUUUAGACGCCAAUUUACUAAAUGACCUUGAGUUUGAAGCCAGAAAUAUUGCUGCAUCUGUAGAUACAUUAUCUGAAUCUCUCUCAGGUGUUUUACAUAGCAUGUCGGCAUUAACUGUUGACUGUUUGGAAAUAUACAGGGAUGUGGUUUGUAAGACAUGUGAUUCAAUUGAUGCUAAUAUUAAAUCAAUGUAUCAAUUAAUGGCUAAAUGCGAAGAAGUGUCAAAAGAAAUGGAACCUAUCUAUAAAUUGUCUCAACAAGUUAAAGAUAUAAAGCACAUUUUAGAUUUAUUUGAGAAUGCAGUGAAUUGA